GCGGAUGUUGAUUCGGAAACGCUGUACGUGCUGUUUCCUUAAAAUUAGCUGCCUAGCAAAACAUAUCCUGUGUUCUUACAUAAAAGUUUACUUCGGAGCCCAAAAGAAAAACACAUUUAGUUUCCAGUCUGAGGGUUUCCAGGCGAUAUGUCGCGACAUUCGUGAGUCAGCUCCGGCUUUUACAUUUUCACGUCACUUUAAUUGGGGAGAAGCACUGCAGGAAAUUAGCUCGCUAGCUUCCUGACAACCGAGGAGGAUUAUGAGGUUCAUGCUUCCGUUUUUAUGCUCAUUUUAAAUCAUCCUGUGGAAAUGGACACCGAGCCGAUAGUAAUCCGUAUAAAGACACCUUUAGGGGACAUGGACUCGUCUGUGGACUAUCCAUCUGUGUUGAACUUCAACGACUUGCUGGUCGCAAUCAGAGACGUGAUGCCUGAAGCCACUGUCACGGCGUUUGAAUAUGAAGAUGAGGUGGGAGACAGAAUUACUGUAAGAAGUGACGAAGAACUCAAAGCUAUGUUGUCAUAUUACUGCAACACAAUGAAUGAACAGCGCAUGAAUGGACUGAUGCCAGACCCGCUACAGAUUUUUCCAAGAGCCGGCAAGACUCCAGGGAUCCGGAACAUACAUGGCCUGAAGGUUAACACGAGGCCCAGCCCAGCCAACGACUGCACUCAGGUUGUCCCAGACUCCUUAGCCAACAACAGUUUGAAGAAGUCAUCUGCUGAGUUGAAGACAAUCUUGACGAACGGGCAGAUAAAUGCCCAGGAUCUCCACUAUCAGGAGCAACUUGGCCAUGGAAAUGGAGGCACAGUUUAUAAAGCUUACCAUGUUCUUAGCAAGCGUGUUUUAGCUGUCAAGGUUAUUCCUCUGGAUAUUACAGUGGAGUUACAGAAGCAAAUCAUGUCAGAACUGGAAAUUCUCUACAAGUGCGAUUCGCCCUACAUUAUCACUUUCUUCAGUGCCUUCUUUGUGGAGAACAGGAUUUCCAUAUGCACAGAAUUUAUGGAUGGUGGAUCUUUGGACGUCUAUAAAAGAAUACCGGAGCACGUUCUGGGAAGGAUCGCUGUGGCAGUUGUAAAAGGCCUGACAUAUUUGUGGAGCCUGAAGAUACUUCACAGAGAUGUCAAGCCUUCCAAUAUGCUGGUGAACACCCGAGGACAAGUCAAGCUGUGUGACUUUGGUGUCAGCACACAGCUGGUAAAUUCUAUAGCGAAAACCUAUGUGGGAACCAACGCAUACAUGGCACCUGAAAGGAUAUCAGGAGAGCAGUAUGGGAUCCAUGCUGAUGUCUGGAGUGUGGGCAUCUCUUUCAUGGAGUUGGCUCUUGGCAUGUUCCCGUACCCUCAAAUUCAGAAAAACCAAGGAUCUCUAAUGCCUCUCCAGUUACUGCAAUGCAUCGUUGAUGAGGACCCUCCAGUUCUUCCCGUUGGACAGUUCAGUGAAAAGUUUGUUCACUUCAUCACUCAGUGCAUGCGAAAGAACCCCAAGGAGAGACCCGUACCUAACAAUCUCCUGGUAAGUUAAACCGAGACUGUCUAUUAAACCGUCU